AUGAUGCUGGGCGGCAUGGACGGAAAGGAGUACGGGGCGCUGCAUGCGGCGGCCGCCGCAGCUGGAUACGCGAUGGAGGCUGAUCCAACUGGAGGGGCUAUGGGCAAUCCGGGCAUGGGCGGUGCCGGUACGCAGCAGUACGGGGAGGUCAACCAGUUAGGGGGAGUGUUUGUGAACGGAAGACCCCUGCCUAAUGCCGUGAGACUGAGGAUCGUGGAGCUUGCGCAGUUGGGAAUCAGACCGUGCGACAUCAGCCGGCAGCUGCGCGUGUCGCACGGGUGCGUCUCCAAGAUACUGGCCAGGUAUCACGAGACUGGGUCAAUCCUGCCCGGGGCGAUCGGCGGCUCCAAGCCCCGAGUCACUACACCUAAGGUGGUAUCCUAUAUCAAGCAGCUAAAAGCGAAGGACCCCGGCAUAUUCGCGUGGGAGAUACGCGACAGGCUGCUUGCCGACGGCGUUUGCGACAAGUACAACGUGCCCUCCGUGUCCAGUAUUAGUCGCAUACUGCGCAACAAAUUGGGUGGCGGAGCUCUGUAUCCAGUGCCACCUCUGUACCCUGUACCACCGCAGCGCUGUUGGCCGUUACACCAACCUUACGACUACUACGUGUAUUUACAGGGUCGCCAGCACGCCACUGCACCACCGCACGCCCUACCUCACCACCCACAUCAGCCGCCGGCCCCCCACGCACACGCACACGCCCUCUGA